AUGACCUGCCAAGCUCGAAGUUCAUACAUUACGAGUGAGAUCCUGUGGGGUUACCGUUUCACCCCUGUUCUCACACUGGAGGAUGGAUUUUAUGAGGUUGACUACAACAGUUUUCAUGAAACGUAUGAGACCAACACACCAGUUUACAGUGCCAAAGAGCUGGCAGAGAUGGCCAGCCGGGCAGAACUGCCCCUGACAUGGUCUGUUUCCAGCAAGCUGGACCAGCAUGCUGAGCUGGAAACUGAAGAGGAAGAAAAGAAUCAAGAAGACCAAAACGAAAGAAACGGUGAUGUGGCCAACUUGGAGAAUGAAUCCAAACUGUAG